UUUUUUCUAUCCAUUUUGCAGGCAGAGAUCCUUAUCUAUUUCAUAAUUUCAUUAUACGAUACCAUGGCAAAUGCUGUGUCUGGAACGGCAGUACAAGAUGAAUGUAAGCUGAAAUUCUUAGAAUUAAAAGCAAAGAGAAACUACAGGUUCAUUAUCUUCAAGAUUGAUGGUCAGGAAGUGGUGGUAGAGAAACUUGGCAGCCCUGAAGAAAACUACGAUGAUUUCGCUAACUCUCUCCCUCCUGAUGAAUGUCGUUAUGCUGUCUUUGAUUUCGACUUCAUAACUAACGAAAAUAUCCAGAAAAGCAAGAUUUUCUUUAUUGCCUGGUCACCUGAAUCAUCAAGGGUGAGGAUGAAGAUGGUAUACGCGAGCUCAAAGGACAGAUUCAAGAGAGAACUGGAUGGAAUUCAAGUUGAAUUGCAAGCAACUGAACCUAGUGAAAUGAGCUUUGAUCUUAUAAAAUCGCGAGCCUACUGAGUCCUCUCAUGCAGUUGCAUUUCCAGUUUCUUUGUUGUG